UAUGUGAUCACGAUCACUGAUCAGUUUUCAGCACAGGUGAGUCAAGAAUUUGACGAUCUACUGGCUAGCUGGCUACCUAACCUAAUUAAAGUAAGUACUUACAUAUUUUUUACUAUGAUUCAAAAAGAGGUUGAAAAUUUGUAAUGUGUUUUUUUCAGUGAUGGGCGCGUCUUGCCGUAAGUUACUGUCGUCCAAUGGCGUGCAGGCUGCAGGUUCGGUGCUCGACCGGGUCAUCUCUCAGGCCUCUAGUGAGGACAAUACCGUGCUCUACAAACUUGCUGAUUAUAAGAAAGGAGGUCUCCUACUGGAGGCGUACGCGAAGGGCGGCAUGGUGGCGGCGGAGAAGCUGAUCCGGGAGCAGUUCGCGGCCUACAUGUACGCGGGGGGGCGCGGCCGCGUCAUCAACCGCGCCGAGUAUCUGCGCUGGAAGUUUAGGGACCAGGAGCAGGUGGUGCUUCCAAUAGAGGCGUCGCUGUCUCCGUACGAUCCUCUGGCGAAGUGGGAGGACCACAUGGCAUGCUGGCAGAUGUGCUACCGAGGGGCUCUGGGAGAGUCCCUGUUACACGUCCUCAUCAUCUGUGACACUAAGAUACACACCAGAUUGGCCAGAACAUUAGUGAAAUGCUACCCGAAAUUGUCAUUGGAUGUUGUGGAAGGAGAAGAGUAUCUAGGCGCAAGUUCUCUGCAUCUAGCAAUAGCUUACAGCAACAAUGAACUAGUCCAGGACUUGGUUGAAUGUGGGGCUGAUGUCAACCAACGAGCUAUAGGUAGUUUCUUCCUUCCCCGAGACCAGCAGUGCAACCCACCGGCCAGGAGCACCAACUACGAAGGUCUGGCAUAUCUAGGAGAGUACCCCUUGGCCUGGGCAGCGUGCUGUGCGAACGAGGCGGUAUACAACCUCCUCCUCGACUCCACGGCAGACCCGGAUUCCCAGGACUCUUUUGGAAACAUGAUUUUGCAUAUGGUGGUCGUUUGCGACAAACUGGAUAUGUUCGGUUAUGCUCUUCGCCAUCCCAAAAUGCCAGCGAGUAAUGGUCGCAUGAACAAGGCUGGCUUCACACCGCUAACCCUGGCCUGCCAGCUGGGUCGGGCUUCGGUCUUCAGAGAAAUGUUGGAGCUGUCUGCUAAAGAGUUCUGGAGAUACUCCAACAUCACCUGCUCAGCUUAUCCUUUGAAUGCUUUGGACACACUACUGCCUGAUGGAAGGACCAACUGGAACUCAGCAUUGUUUAUAAUUCUCAACGGGACUAAGCAGGAGCAUUUGAACAUGUUAGACGGGGGUAUAAUCCAGCGAUUGCUAGAAGAGAAAUGGAAAACUUUUGCCAGAAACAAGUUCCUGAAACGGCUAAUGAUCCUGAUGCUGCAUCUGUUCCUCUUGUCCAUUUCCGUGUAUCUUCGCCACAGUAGCAUCGAGGCUGACACUCACCCCAACUGGGGUUUAGAAGUAGAUGACGUCAGAAGUGGGGUGCGAUUGUCUUGCGAGCUUGGCACUAUUGUCAGCACUCUGUGCUACAUCAUACUACAGCAAGGGGAUGAGUUGAAGAAUCAAGGGCUUGUGGCGUAUUUUAAGCAGCUUAUCCAUGAGCCGGCAAAGUUCAUCUUCCUGGCUUCGAACCUGCUGCUCCUGGCCUGCAUCCCAGCGCGGUUGAGCCUCCAGACCAAUCUAGAAGAAGCCAUUUUGAUUUUCGUUCUGCCCGGAUCCUGGUUUUUGCUCAUGUUUUUUGCUGGAGCUGUUAAAUUGACGGGACCGUUCGUAACUAUGAUCUACAGUAUGAUCACCGGAGACAUGUUCACAUUUGGCAUCAUCUACUGCAUCAUUCUGUUUGGGUUCUCGCAGUCUUUCUUCUUUCUUUACAAAGGUUUUCCAAACGUGCAAGGAACCCUAUUCUCCAGUUACCCCAGCACUUGGAUGGCAUUGUUUCAAAUAACUUUGGGAGAUUACAGUUACACGGACCUCGGGCUGACGACGUACCCGAACCUGUCCAAGACGGUGUUCGCCGUGUUCAUGGUGUUCGUGCCCAUCCUGCUGCUCAACAUGCUGAUCGCCAUGAUGGGCAACACGUACGCGCACGUCAUCGAGCAGUCGGAGAAGGAGUGGGUCAAACAGUGGGCGAAGAUAGUGGUGUCCCUGGAGCGUUCAGUGGCGCAAGAGGACGCUCACAGGUACCUACAGGAGUACUCCAUAGGGCUGGGCCCCUCCGACGACCCCCGCUACGAGCAGCGAGCCGUCAUGGUCAUCAAGUCCAAGGCCAAGACCAGGGCUAAGCAGAGGAAGGGCGCACUUACUAAUUGGAAGCGCGUGGGUAAAGUGACGAUAUCGGAGCUGCGCAAGCGCGGCAUCUCGGGCGAGGAUCUGCGCCGCCUCAUGUGGGGCCGCGUGUCCAUCUCCAGCCCCACCAAGAACCCACUACCGAAAAUCCCGCCGCCCGAUUGUGUGAUCGGCAGUCAGACUGGCGACACGGUGCCGGGGGUGGGCUCCGCGCUCUCCUCCUCGCUCGGCGUCAUGACUGCCACGCAUCAGCUCAAUCUGGGAGGUACCAACUAGAGCCACUUUCCUUUACAAGAGGGCCUAGUAAAUUCUAUAACGAUCCUUUCAUUAUGUUUCCGUUUUUCAGGCACUGACCCCAUGCAAAAACUGCCAACCCCUGACCUUUUAGUCAACGGGAAAACCAGAACACCAACGGCCCCUGGGCAAGUCCUCGGUAUAGCCUCACAGCCAGCCAGGGUUCCGCUAGGCGGUGUGACUCCAGGGGUGGUCCCGAGCCAGAUGACCGCCCCCGGUCAAGUUCUCGGCCAAAUGGCGGCCACCGGCCUCACGUCGGGCCAAACAGGGGUGCCAGGGUUGCCACAAGGACAAAUGGCAGUAUCUGGGCAGAUGGUACCGAUCAGGCAGCCCGUUACUGCAGGGCUUAUUCAGGGAUCACAAGCACCCGGUAUAACUCAGAGACAGUCGGCACUUGCAGCUGGACAGGUGGUCGCAUCUGGAUUGAACAUUCAAGGACAGAUAACCGCACCUGGUGGGACUUUGCAGGUUAUGCCACCCGGAUCAAUGGCUCCAGGGCAAGGGCCUCUAAUGGGUAUGCCUUCUCCACUACCUCAAGGCCAGAUAUUAGGUCCAGGAGGGAUUGGUCAAGGACCACUGAUGAUGUCAGCAGCCCAAAAUCAAUUAGCCCAAGGGCAAGUCCUAGGAGCAGGUCAAGUGAUGGCCCCAGGGUUUGGGCAAGGAGUGAUGAUUCCAGGAGCGCAGCCUGGUUUUGGACAACCUGUGGGAAUAUUCCCAGGACUGCAACUGCCAGGACCUCCUAUACCACAAGUUAGUACAGAAGUCUUCAGAGACUAUCUGCUUGAGUUGGUGAUCCUAGCGGAGUCCAAGGACCCUAAGGAAUCUCAGCUAAAAGAUCUCGCUGAAAAGGCUGCGAAUCUGAAGAACGUUCCGGAGAUUGAUAUAAAUAUUAACCUGGCGGCCAAGUCAGCUCGCAAGGUGGUGGCCGGCGCCAUGUCGGGGCUGUUCGGGGUGGCGGCCGACGCGCCCGCGCCCGACAGCUGGCGCCGAGACCGACAGGACCACAGUGACAGCGACCCUAUAUCAGACACGGUGCUCCUAGGCAGGGCCUCCAGGGCGCGAAGGGCGCGGUCAGCAUCCCGUCGCGCGCCUCCGCCGCCGCCGCACCUUUACGUACCAGCCAGGUCCAUGUAUUUGGUGGCGUCAGAGAGCAGUGCAGUAGAGAGCGAUGCUCCCUGGGAUGACCAGCCCAGCUCGGGAAAUAACUCAACAUUGAACGUAUGCCCAGAAGACCUCUCGCGCAUGCGCGCUGCCCGCCCGCUCUGCAUACAGCACGCCACGGGGCAAGUGCCUAUUGAACACUCCGUGUAUGUUGUCGGUUCAGGAAGUGGAGCGGAAGUAGAAAGUGCAGCCCCAUCCCAAACGAGCAAGCCAGAGCGGCGGAAACCGCGACCAAAAACAGCAAGAAACAGACGAAAUAGAGUGUCUCCAGUGCAAGAGACCGGGAGCCCGCUAGAGCCGUGGGCCACGGCGCCUCUGUCGCGAAUAUCUCGCAUGAUCCGGUCCUCCAGCGCCUCCACUGCCUCUCUUAGAUCGGAAACCUCACAGGAACAUUCGCCGCAGAGAUAUUAAUCAUCUACCCUAAGUGUUUCCGGGAGAUUUUAGAAGAAUUUAUUUAAUGGAUUAUCAGCAUUCCAGACGAAUGUUAAUACCUAAUUCUGUUAGGAGUGUUACAAGAGUAUAACUUCAUAUUUUUGGGACCUGUCUUACUGCCUAUACCAAUA